ACCAGGGUUUGAGGAACUUUGAAAAGUGAGAAGCACUCUCUCUCUCUCUUGAUCGAGAAGGCAGCGCAAACCCGUUGGGAUUUGAAUCUGCAAACUUCCCUCUCUGUUUUCAUUUAAAAUCUACUGUAGAGAGAGAAAGAAAGAUCCAUUCGCUCCCAUCCAUUUCCAUUGAAGUUCAGGAGAGCGAAUAAAACUUUUGGGGUUUUCCUUUCCCUCGAGCUUUCCUUCAGUUUCACUGAAGUAACAGGAGAUACAAAGAGGAUUUGAGGAUUUGUUUUCUUUAACCUUUGCUCCAUUUCUAUUUAAUUACAGUUGAGGGAUUUGGGGGUUUUUUUCCUCGAGCUUUCCUUCAUUUCAUUGAAGCAGAGGAGAGAGAAAGAGGGGUUUGGGUUUUUGUUUCCCUUAAGCGUUCCUUCAUUUCCAUUGAAGUACAGGAAGAGAGGGAUUUGGGCUUUCUUUUGCCUUACGGCGUUCUUUUUUUCUAACACUAAAAUACAGGAGAGAGAAAGAGAGUUGGGUUUUUCUUUCCUGAGUUUUCCUUCGAUUCAAUUGGUAAGAAAGCUUAGAGCUGAGACUCUAUAAUGGAGGAAGGGGUCUGUGUCACUUCCGCUUCAGACCCACUUUCUUCUAUCCAUGGCCGAACCCUAUUAAAAUCUCUAAUUCGUCUUUUGAAAGUGAAGCAAUCUCAACUCGAGUUCUUUGCGGAUGAAAGGAAGCUUUUAGAAGAGAGACUCAAGGUCCAGCACAAGCUCUGGGUCUCUGAGAUCCACCAGUUCGAGCUCCAGAUUUCUCAGAUGGAAAGAGCUUUAACGAUGGCCAAUUUUGGUCGUGCUGUAGACAUGGCCAAGAUGGAUCACUUGAUAACGAUGAAAGAGAAGGAGGCUCAUCUUUGUAAAUUGAAGUUAGAGUAUGCAGAGAGCGAUUUGGAGGACCAGCUGUUUUGCACCAAUUGUCUAAGUGAGAAAACAUGUGACCGACAAGGACAUGUCUCUGGGACCGAAAAAGGGGAAGGUGGAGUUAAUCAAGGAAGAAGUUCUUCAAAGAAAACAGAUCAAAGUUCCAAUAAGUUGCAGGCAGAGCUAAGAAAACUUAGUUCUGAAUGUGAAAAAUUGAACUUAAAGAAGAACCGUGAUGUCUCAGCACUUUUAUUGGAAAGGAAUUUUGUUUGGGAUCAAAUGAAAAGGAUGGAGGAAGACUACAUUGGUCGCUUAAAAGGUAAGGAGAAGGAGCUAGAGCUGGCUAAUGAAACUACUGAAAAGUUUGGUCAUAAUUUGGAGAAGUUGCAGUCUACAUUAGACGAGAAGGAUGCUAUUGUCAUCAAGUUGAAGAGUGAUCUAGCUGAGAGUAAAGCUGAGUUAGAUAAGCUUAACAAAGAAUUGAGUAGAUUAUCACAUGAAUUGGUGUCAACGAAAAACAAAAAAGUGGGAUCUGAGGAGGAUUUGGAUAUCUGCUCCUUGGAUAAAGAGGAAAGGGGUAGUAGAAGGAAGAUUCUACUUGUUGACAAGCAGGCUGAUGGACUAGAAGCCUCCUACACUGUCAGUAAGAAGGAUAAUGAUCUCAAUGAUAAGACAUCUAAGAAAGAUUUGAUUGUUCGAUUAAACGAACUGUCGAAGCAGACGGAGAUCAUGCAUGUUGAGAAUGAGCACUUAAGGAUGCUUUGUGCAGAUCUGAAGGAUCAACUCAAUAAACAGAAUCACCCCGUUAAGGAAAACGGUGAUCCUCUUGGAUUAGUUCAACGGAACUUGACUGAAGAAAUGGAGAGAGCAGUUAUUCAAGAUCCAGUAGCCGAACCAUUUCUUAAAAGCUGUGAUAAACAUAAGGUAGAGGAUGCUAGAGUGCCAAAGCAGUCUUUGAAGACACCAGCAUUACGGAAAGAAGAGGGCAUUGGAAAUGGGGAAGACAUUGGCAAUAGGCGUGUCACACGAAGUUCUGCCAAAAGAGGAAAUGAGAGUAUUUCCAAAUCUGGUGUGCCUAAAUUACAUGGUUCUUCGGCAAAAAGGAAGACGAGCAUUUCCAAACAAGAGGUUGUUCGUAAGAGGUUUUUUGAGUUGGGUGCCACAACAUUGCUAUUCGGUGCAAUAAAAUUUAGCUCGCAUUUGGCUCUGUGGACAGGAUGAUUUACACCAUCUGAAGUUUGUUACGUUGCAGUGGCACCAUAACCAUGUGGGGUGGAAUACCACCAUCUGCACUCUUUCGAUAAUUUAUGGAAUUAUGGAUUCUUGCCUGCCAAAGCUCCAAGGCUUGGGCUUGAGUUGUUAGCAGCUGAUGUCUAACAGCGCUGCAUCUCAAGUUUGAUUCCUACCACUGAACUACUCGAAAAAAAAAAGAAAAGAAAAGAAAAGAAGAAAGAAAGAAAGCCACAAGUGUUCCAAUUAUUUAAACUCUUCAAGUCUAAUGUAUUUCUUUGUGCUUGGAUAUUCUACUAUACAUGGGUGCAAUUCUGUCAAAACGGUUGCUAAUGUUAAU